AUGAAGGGACCCGGCCUCUUCUCUGACAUCGGCAAGAAGGCCAAGGAUCUACUCACUAAGGACUACACGUACGACCAGAAGCUGACCAUCUCCACCGCCAGCGCCUCUGGAGUGGGCCUUACUUCCACAGCUGUGAAGAAAGGAGGUCUUUAUUCUCUGGAUGUCAGUUCAGUUUACAAGUACAAGAAUACCACUGUUGAUGUUAAAGUGGACACAGAAUCAAAUAUCUCUACUACAUUGACUGUGUUGGACGCCUUGCCAUCCACAAAGCUUGUCACUUCUGUGAAGCUGCCCGACUACAAUUCUGGAAAGGUGGAGCUGCAAUACUUCCAUGAGAAUGCAACCUUUGCUACUGUUGUUGGCACGAAGCCGACUCCUGUGAUUGAUCUUUCUGGGACAGUAGGCGCUCAAGGAGUUGCAUUUGGUGCAGAAGCUGGGUAUGACACUGCUACAGGAAAAUUUACCAAGUACACUGCUGCAAUUGGUGUAACCAAGCCAGACUACCAUGCUGCAUUCAUUCUGGCGGACAAAGGUGACACCAUUAAAGUGUCAGGUGUUUAUCACCUUGAUGAGAAACAGAAGGCCUCAGCUGUGGCUGAGCUAACCCGGAGGCUCUCAACAAAUCAGAAUACACUCACAGUCGGUGGACUGUACACAGUUGAUCCUCAGACAGCCGUGAAGGCAAGGCUCAACAACACUGGAACGCUUGCCGCGCUUCUUCAGCAUGAGCUUAAACCCAAGUCAGUCUUGACAAUCUCUGGUGAAUUCGACACCAAGGCCCUGGACAGACCCCCCAAGUUUGGCUUGGCGCUUGCACUGAAGCCCUGA